UCUCUCUUUAGACAAAAGACUUCUGUUUCCUCUAAGAUUGAUCUGGAUGAUUGUACUAUUUCUAAAAGCCACGUCAGUUUUAAAUUUCAAAACCUUCAAACCAUAUACUUUUUUUUCUGAGUGGAUAAUCUUCACAUUCUUGAUUCUAUUCUAUAUGUGUUUUAACGGAUGAUCUUCGUUCGUCGAUAAUGGCGUCCAAUGAUAUAGGGGACUGGUACAGAAGCAUUCCCCAGAUUUCCAAGUACUGGUUUACAGGUUCUGUUGUUGUUCCGUUGAUAGGACGACUUGGAUUAAUAAGUCCUCUUCGGUUUUUACUCGAUUUCAACUCACUAAUCUAUAGAUUUCAGAUAUGGCGUCCAAUUACAGCAGUACUGUUUUAUCCUAUCUCAGGACCAAAGGGGUUUCAUUACCUUAUGAAUCUCUAUUUCUUGUACACCUAUUCCACUAGGUUGGAAACAGACACAUUCUCUGGUUCACCUGCUGACUAUGCUUUCAUGUUGAUCUUCAACUGGAUAUGUCUUGUUAUUAUUGGGCUUGUGGCUGAACUGCCUCUUUUAAUGGAUCCCAUGGUGUUGAGUGUACUGUAUGUUUGGUGUCAGCUGAAUAAAGAUCAAGUCAUUUCAUUUUGGUUUGGCACACGUUUUAAGGCAAUGUAUUUACCUUGGGUGCUGUUUGCAUUUAAUCUCAUCAUAGGCAGUGGUGGCAUGAUGGAGCUCUUUGGUAUUGUGGUUGGACACUUGUACUUUUUUCUCAUGUUCAAGUACCCUCAAGACUUUGGAGGAGCUCAGUUGCUCAGUGUGCCAAACAUACUAUACAAGUGGUUUCCAAGACGUCAAGGAGGCUCUGGAGGAUUUGGUCAGGCUCCACCUGUCAGGCGCCGGCCAGACAAUGGUGGAAAUGAUGGAGGGGGAUGGCGAGGCCACAACUGGGGAGCUGGGCAUCAAUUAGGUGGAAACUGAAACUUGAGCUAAGAAAGAAUGAAGCUUUUUGAAGUGUCAACUGAAAAAAAAAAUUAGAACAAGAAAUUUUUUUUGAGGAAAACACCUGCCAAAAUAUUCAGUAAAAACUUUUCAUAAUAGGUGAUAAAACAAUAACAUUUCAUUCAAUAUCUUUGAUGUUGGACUUUUUAAAAUUUUAAUAUUUACAGUUUAUUAUUUGAAUAUUUAUACCAUGCUUUCAAAGGUAUACAUGAUAGUUACCCAACAACACUUGGUGAUGUUAGUUCUUUGUAAAUAUAUAUGCAAUGUUAGAGAACUAAUUCUAGCUUUAAAAACAUUCUGUUCAGAGAGAAAUGUUACAUUGAAUCCUAGUUACAAAUGUAUUUCUAUAGAUUUGUAUCAAUGGUUUUGGUGGGUAAUUGUUUCCAUAGUUUGCAGUAUAUUGUCAAUGAUAAACACAAUUUCAAACCACUUCUGGAGGCUAAGGUAGUAAUGUGUUUUUAGAAAAUAUCUUCUUAAUUUUAAACAGUCUAAAUAUUGAGAAAUAAUCAUUAUAGUUACAACAUUACAAUUACUAACCUUUCAAUAGGGUUGAUGACUCAAGAAUUCACUCCAUCUUACUGGUUCGUAAAGCAAACAAAAUAAUUUGACAAGAGUUUUCCUUAAAAAGUAUAUCAAAAACAUCUAAAAAAAAAGAAAAUAUCAUUAACAAAAUGGAAUAGUCAACUUUAUAUUUUAUAGCUAGCAGCCAGUUUACCAAUACAUUGAAACACUUACUGGUGUUACUAUUGGAUACUCUGAUCAAUUUUGUCAUAAAUUUAUUUUGUUUAAAUUGAAAGUAUAUUACUUUUAUCCACUUGCAUAAAUAUAUAUGUAUGUCUGUGUCUGGUUACAAGGUCAUUUUUUGGAAAUAUUGUUUGAAGAGUUUCUUCCCCUUUGGCUGUGUGGUUGUUUACAUGUAUUUAAAUGCUAGAUACCUGUCGGUUGCUGUGGACCUUUUUUUUUUAAUGAGUUGAAGGUGUGGCCAUGUGGGAGUGUGUGGUGGAGAUAGCUGCUGAGUGUGUGGUGGAGAAAGCUGCUGAGUGUGUCUGUUUUUGAUGUAGACUAUGAGAGAGUGCAGUACCUGGUAUGUUUGGGUUUAGGCUGCACCAUUUGAUGAAUGUGUAUCUGCUCAUAUACUGAACAUUUAUUUAUAUUUAAUUUUUUUUUUUUAAAUGUAUGAUGCUUUUAGUUGUUUUUCUUUUCAAGAAACCUGUUUCUAAAUUGUGCAUAUAAAUAAAAAGAACAACAACAUA